CGGUGACUCGGGAAGAUACAGUACUUUGUAUACCUUAUAAUUGUUUUCCAUAGGGACCUAUAAAACCUGUUUUGCGCUUCCAAGUCUCUUAGGUACUUGCUCCCCUUGUACACCUUAGGUACAUAGUCACUAACACUCGAGUCUCCUAUUCGACCUUCCACAUCUUUUCCCCUGAGCGUCGCAAAUCAUGCCCCCCAAAAAUCGCACCCCAAGCGCCAAGUCCAGCAUGUCCUCCAGAGCGUGGACCUGCUGCAAGUGCUCCAACCUCAACUCUGGCGGCCACCAUGUCCGCGAUGGAGUUUCCCCAUACUCGGACGGCUACGGCGAGACUUGCGAUCACCGGCGCUGUCCCAUAUGCUACGUGAAGGGUGACGACGACUUCACCCACGAUCUCGACGGCAACAUCCCACCAACACCACUACCACUCACCGGAGGCUACUAUUAUUCCCCAACCACACCCAACCCAAGGCCCUCAGCAAAACCUUGCCACGGCCCAGAUGUCCACCUCAUUCCCCCACCACCGCAGCAUGAAGACAACCCCUUCAGCCCCUUUCAGCGCUGCUACCCCGACUAUUGCCCUUCGCACACUUCCUUCUCAACCAGAAACAACAACACCCGGUUCCCCUACACAACAACCUACCUCCAAUCCGCUGCCCAGCGCGGCAACACCAUCACCUUUGCCGAAGCCUUCCACCUGCCCUCCCGCCUGUCAUCAGUAGCAGACACCUGUCCUGAUCAGCUCCUGGCCCUGGCCAAUCUCCGGCUGGACUACUCUGCCGGUGGUAGCGGCAGGAGCGACUCUGUUGCGUGUGAUAAUGACGAUGAGCAUGAGCAUGAUGAUGACGAUAUGAUGGUUACUCGUACCCCUCACGGACACGAGCACCAUCAAGAAGGGGAAAAGCCGCGGAUGAGAGCGACUCAUCAUCGUCAUGGCCUGCGUCAAGACGAAAUGGGCCGGGGUGAGGGCAGUCGGAUGGUCGGAGAAGGUGGUGGUAACGGGUGGUGUGGUGAAGGUAGCAGGGAGGCGAGGAAGAGGAAAGCGGAGAGGGAGAGGGGGAGGGUAGAGGAGAAUGGCAACAAGCGGAGGGACAUGGGGAACGGGAAGGAAAGGCAGAUUGGGAGUGAAAGAUGGAAUGAGGUGACGGCGACGGUGGGUUGUGCUUGGACUACGUCUCGGCGUCCGGUUGAAUAUCAACCUACUCGUGUGGAGGACGGGUCGGAUGAGGAGGGAAUGGGGCUCAGUUAUGGGCCAAGACCGUUUGGAUGGAGAUGCAAUGGACGAGAGGUGAAGCGAGCCUGUUGAUAUUGUGUGUGGGGUCUCGAGAGGUAUGUGAGGUCUAGGGUUCUCUGCUGUGUAACUGUUUGCUAUAUUUACGCCGUGAAAUGCAUAGUUAACAAGUAAUU